AUGGCGGCCGCGGGUGGCGGUCCCGGCGCGCCCGCGGAGACGCCCCCCGCCACCACCACCACCACAGCCGCCGCCGCUGCUGCUGCUGCCACCGAGGCCGGCGCGGUGCUGCAGCGGGAGCCGCUGUACAACUGGCAAGCCACCAAGGGCUCGCUGCGGGAGCGCUUCGCCUUCCUCUUCUCCAACGAGCUGCUCAGCGACGUGCACUUCGUGGUGGGCAAGGGCAGCGCCCGCGGCGGCGGCGGUGGUGGCGGUGGCGGUGGCGGUGGCGGGGCGGCGCCCCCCGGGCCCGGCCAGCAGCGCAUCCCCGCCCACCGGUUCGUGCUGGCGGCCGGGAGCGCCGUGUUCGACGCGAUGUUCAACGGCGGCAUGGCCACCACCUCGGCCGAGAUCGAGCUGCCCGACGUGGAGCCCGCCGCCUUCCUGGCGCUGCUCAGGUUUCUUUAUUCAGAUGAAGUUCAAAUUGGUCCAGAAACAGUCAUGACUACUUUAUACACUGCUAAAAAGUAUGCUGUCCCAGCGCUGGAAGCACAUUGUGUGGAUUUUCUAACAAAGCAUCUCCGAGCAGAUAAUGCCUUUAUGCUGCUUACUCAAGCUCGUUUGUUUGAUGAACCUCAGCUUGCUAGUCUGUGUCUUGACACAAUAGACAAAAGUACAAUGGAUGCCAUAAGUGCAGAAGGCUUUACUGACAUCGAUAUAGACACAUUAUGUGCAGUUCUAGAAAGGGAUACCCUUAGUAUUCGAGAAAGUCGGCUCUUUGUAGCUGUUGUUCGCUGGGCAGAAGCAGAAUGUCAAAGACAGCAAUUGCCUCCGACGUUCGGGAACAAACAAAAAGUCCUCGGAAGAGCUCUUUCCUUAAUCCGUUUUCCAUUAAUGACUAUUGAAGAGUUUGCAGCAGGCCCUGCACAAUCUGGAAUCUUGUCAGAUCGGGAAGUAGUAAAUCUCUUUCUUCAUUUUACUGUCAAUCCUAAACCUAAAGUAGAUUAUAUUGACCGACCAAGAUGUUGCCUUAGAGGAAAAGAGUGCAGCAUUAACAGGUUCCAGCAAGUGGAGAGUCGCUGGGGCUACAGUGGAACAAGUGAUCGGAUUAGGUUCACAGUUAACAGAAGAAUUUCCAUAGUGGGAUUUGGAUUAUAUGGAUCUAUUCAUGGUCCCACAGACUAUCAAGUUAAUAUACAGAUAAUUGAUUAUGAGAAGAAUCAGACGCUAGGACAGAACGAUACUGGGUUUAGCUGUGAUGGAACAGCCAGCACCUUCAGAGUUAUGUUCAAAGAGCCCAUCGAGAUUCUGCCCACGGUUUGCUACACAGCUUGUGCAACCUUAAAAGGUCCUGAUUCCCACUAUGGAACAAAAGGUUUGAAGAAAGUGAUCCACGAAUCUCCUACUGCUAGCAAAACGUGCUUUGUCUUUUAUAGUUCACCAGAGCAAAGGAGCCGCCAAGGGCCCCGCGGGCGCGGGCGGCGCGGCGGGACCGGUGGUGGCGGCGGGCGAUGGCUCCGUGAGGGUGGCGGUGCGCGCCAAGCCCGGCGCCCGCUGCAGCGCCGUCACAGAUGUGACAGCUGAGGCAGUAGGUGUAGCUAUUGCUGCACCCCCGUCGGAAGGGGAGGCAAAUGCAGAGCUGUGUCGCUACCUCUCUAAGGUGCUAGAAGUAAAGAAGAGUGACGUUGUUUUGGAGAAGGGUGGUAAAUCACGUGACAAAGUGGUAAAGAUUUCGGUAUCACUGACACCAGAUGAGAUUUUAGAAAAACUGAAAAAAGAAGCUUCCAGCUGACCUAAAACAAGAGCAGGAAACGGGACAAUGUUUCUUGGUAAAUGGACUGAUACUCUUUCUUACAUAAUGUAGAGCUGUUGAGAAUGUGGGUAAUGACUACAGAAAGAUACUUCUUCCCCCCUUCCUCCUUUGUACAUAUAGCUGCUGUAUACUUGAAGUUUUUGUGUAGGUUUGAUUAGAAAAACUUGUCUUUACUGAGUCUCGGUAUCCACUUCUGUCACUACAGACUUUCUUCUGCUCUGGAGAACUUCUGUUGGUAAGACUUGUCCUCUUUCCUGGUCCCUAAGCAAAAGGUUUAGAAAUCUUGUUUCUUAGUGAAACAAACUUUGGUUAACAAAGUGAAAGGCUUGAAGUGACAGGCUUCCAUGUGAAAAGUGGUCCAAAAGGAUGUCUGGAUGGUAAAGACUUUAGAAGAACGUCCUGUUUGGUAUCUCGUGGCAGGUACUGUGUGCAGCUUUGCACUGUGGACACUUGUGGGCAUCUAAAAUAAAAGUAUUUGAAGCCAAUGGGCUAAUGUUGAUCACACAGGCAAACUAAAAGCAGAAUCACCUGAACAACUGAAACAAACCCAGAAGUUUUCAGUAUGAAAAACCAAUGCAGAACCCAGUAAUGGCACACCUGGUGUCACUUUGCAAUGAUCUGUAAUUAGUUCUCUUAAAAGUAGAGAUACAAUCAUAUAUGUAUAUUUGCCAAUUGUAUGUCAAGUAUAAUGCCUUUUUAAUAAAUGGGGGAAAAAUGUUAUUAAA